CCCGCCGGAGCCGGAGUUACAAGAGCCGCCUCCGCGCACGGGGGACCGGCCACUUGGAGCUGCUCUGCCGCGGGGACUGCACCGCCCGCCCUGCCAGACCCGCCCGGACCGGGGCUCGUCACUGCCAGCAGCCGCAGCACCGCAGCCUCAGGCCCCGCGCCGGCUAUGGCUGUGCCCUGGGGCUGAGCUCGCAGGUUGUGAAGAUUCCCGACGAGAGAGACUAAGGGGAAGAGAGGAAAGCGGGGUGGGCUCCUGGCAAGGCAUUCGAUCCUGAGUGGAAUCCUGCAAAGAUGGAGAAGGAGGAGGAGACAACCCGGGAGCUGCUGCUGCCCAACUGGCAGGGUAGCGGCUCCCACGGGCUGACCAUCGCCCAGAGGGACGACGGCGUCUUUGUGCAGGAGGUGAUGCAGAACUCCCCUGCGGCCCGCACUGGGGUAGUCAAGGAGGGGGACCAGAUUGUGGGUGCCACCAUCUACUUUGACAACCUGCAGUCGGAUGAGGUGACCCAGCUGCUGAACACCAUGGGGCACCACACAGUGGGCCUGAAGCUGCACCGCAAGGGUGACCGGUCCCCUGAGCCAGGCCAGACUUGGACCCAUGAAGUCUUCAGCUCCCGCAGCUCUGAAGUGGUUCUGAGCGGGGAUGAUGAGGAGUACCAGCGCAUCUACACCACGAAGAUCAAGCCACGGCUGAAGUCAGAAGAUGGAGUGGAAGGAGACCUUGGGGAGACCCAGAGCCGCACCAUCACAGUGACCAGAAGAGUCACGGCCUACACUGUGGAUGUGACCGGCCGGGAAGGAGCCAAGGACAUAGACAUCAGUAGCCCUGAAUUCAAGAUCAAGAUUCCAAGGCAUGAACUGACUGAAAUCUCCAAUGUGGAUGUGGAGACCCAGUCCGGGAAGACUGUGAUCAGACUGCCCUCGGGCUCCGGGGCGGCCUCUGCAACCACAGGCUCUGCUGUGGAUAUCCGAGCAGGGGCCAUUUCUGCUUCAGGACCAGAGCUCCAAGGUGCUGGCCACUCGAAGCUCCAGGUCACCAUGCCUGGUAUAAAGGUGGGAGGCUCGGGUGUCAAUGUCAGUGCCAAGGGCUUGGACUUGGGUGGCGGAGGAGGGGUCCAGGUUCCAGCAGUGGACAUUUCAUCUUCUCUUGGGGGUGGGGCCGUAGAGGUGCAGGGCCCGUCGCUGGAGAGUGGUGAUCAUGGGAAAAUUAAAAUUCCCACCAUGAAGAUACCGAAAUUUGGUGUCUCGACAGGGCCUGAGGGCCAGACACCAGAGGCAGGGCUGAGGGUUUCUGCACCUGAAGUCUCUGUGGGGGACAAGGGUGGCAAGCCAGGCUUGACUGUCCAAGCCCCUCAGCUGGAAGUCAGUGCACCCUCUGCCAAUAUUGAAGGGCUUGAGGGGAAGCUGAAGGGCCCCCAAAUCACUGGGCCAUCACUUGAGGGUGACCUGGGCCUCAAAGGUGCCAAGCCACAGGGGAGCAUUGGGGUGCACGCCUCUGUUCCCCAAAUUGGGGGUAGCAUCACUGGCCCCAAUGUGGAAGUUCAGGUCCCUGACGUUGAUAUUCAUGGGACUGGGAGCAAACUGAAUCUGCCCAAGAUGAAAGUCCCCAAGUUCUCUGUAUCAGGUACAAAGGGAGAGGAAAUUGGGAUUGAUGUGACCCUGCCUACAGGUGAAGUGGCUGUUCCUGGGGUCUCUGGGGAUAUCAGCCUGCCUGAGAUUGCUACUGGUGGGCUGGAAGGAAAGGUGAAAGGUGUGAAAGUCAAGACUCCUGAAAUGAUUGUUCAGAAACCUAAAAUCUCCAUGCAGGAUGUGGAUCUGAGCCUUGGGUCUUCUAAACUGAAAGGAGAUAUUAAGGUUUCCGCUCCUGGGGUGCACGGUGAUGUGAAAGGCCCUCAAGUAGCAGUUAAAGGCUCCAGAGUGGACAUUGAGACACCAAACCUAGCGGGAACCUUGACUGGCCCCAGGCUUGGCAGUCAUUCCGGGAAAACUGGAACCUGUAGUAUCUCUAUGGCAGAAGUAGACUUAAAUGUGGCUGCACCUAAAGUGAAAGGGGGUGUAGACAUCACACUCCCCAAAGUAGAAGGGAAAGUCCAAGUCCCUGAAGGUGAUGUUAAAGGCCCCAAAGUGGACGUCAGUGCCCCAGAUGUGGAAGUACAUGGCCCAGAAUGGAACCUGAAAAUGCCCAAGAUGAAAAUGCCCACAUUUGGCACUCUAGGAGCCAAAGGGGAAGGUCCAGAUGUGCACGUGACUCUACCCAAAGGGGAUGUCAGUAUUUCAGGGCCCAAGGUCAAUGUGGAAGCCCCAGAUGUCAACAUGGAGGGUCUGGGGGGAAAACUGAAAGGCCCUGAUGUUAAGCUGCCUGAUGUGAGUGUGAAGACACCAAAGAUCUCCAUGCCUGAUGUAGAUUUGCACGUGAAAGGUCCAAAGGUGAAGGGAGAGUAUGAUGUAACCGUACCAAAGCUUGAAGGAGAACUCAAAGGCCCGAAAGUGGACAUUGAUGCCCCGGAUAUGGACGUCCAUGGCCCAGACUGGCACUUGAAGAUGCCCAAGAUGAAAAUGCCCAAAUUCAGUGUGCCAGGGUUCAAAGCAGAGGGCCCAGAAGUGGAUGCGAACCUGCCCAAGGCUGAUGUGGACAUUUCCAGGCCCAAGGUAGAUGUUAGUGUUCCUGACGUGAGCAUUGAGGGACCAGAAGGGAAAUUGAAAGGGCCCAAGUUUAAGAUGCCUGAGAUGAACAUCAGAGUCCCUAAGAUCUCCAUGCCUGAUGUGGACUUACAUUUGAAAGGCCCUAAUGUAAAAGGCGAAUAUGAUGUCACAGUGCCGAAGGUUGAAGGUGACAUUAAAGUUCCUGAUGUUGAACUUAAAAGUGCCAAAGUGGACAUUGAUGCCCCAGAUGUGGAAGUUCAGGGCCCAGACUGGCACCUGAAGAUGCCCAAGGUGAAAAUGCCCAAAUUCAGCAUGCCUGGCUUCAAAGGAGAGGGCCCAGAAGUGGACGUGAACCUGCCCAAGGCUGAUGUUGACAUCUCAGGACCCAAGGUGAAUGUUGAAGUUCCAGAUAUGAAUAUUGAAGGACCUGAAGGAAAGCUGAAGGACCCCAAGUUCAAGAUGCCAGAGAUGAAUAUCAAGGCCCCCAAGAUCUCCAUGCCUGAUGUGGACUUGCAUGUGAAAGGGCCCAAGGUAAAGGGAGAAUAUGAUGUUACAGUGCCAAAGCUGGAAGGGGACCUGAGAGGCCCCAAAGUAGAUGUCAGUGCCCCAGAUGUUGAAAUGCAGGGUCCUGACUGGAACUUGAAGAUGCCAAAGAUUAAAAUGCCCAAAUUUAGCAUGCCCAGUCUCAAAGGAGAGGGGCCAGAAUUGGAUGUGAACCUGUCCAAAGCAAAUGUGGACAUUUCUGCACCAAAAGUAGAUAUUAGUGCUCCAGAUCUGAGUCUGGAAGGACCUGAAGGGAAGUUUAAAGGUCCCAAGUUUAAGAUGCCCGAGAUGCACUUCAAAGCUCCUAAGAUGUCUCUGCCAGAUGUUGACCUGGAUCUUAAAGGACCCAAAAUGAAAGGAAAUAUAGAUAUCUCUGCACCAAAGAUAGAGGGUGAGAUGCAGAUUCCAGAUGUGGACAUCAAAGGUCCCAAGUUAGAUAUUAAAGCACCAGAUGUGGAAGGCCAAGGCCCAGACUGGAGCCUCAAAAUACCCAAGAUGAAAAUGCCCAAGUUCAGCAUGCCCAGCCUCAAGGGUGAGGGCCCAGAAGUGGAUGUGAACUUGCCCAAGGCUGACAUUGUUGUCUCAGGACCCAAGGUGGCUGUGGAAGCCCCAGAUGUGAGCCUCGAAGGUCCAGAAGGGAAGCUGAAGGGCCCCAAGUUUAAGAUGCCUGAGAUGCACUUCAAGGCCCCCAAGAUCUCCAUGCCUGAUGUUGAUUUCAAUUUAAAGGGACCCAAAAUCAAAGGAGAUGUUGAUGUUUCUGCCCCAAAGCUGGAGGGAGAGUUAAAAGGUCCAGAAUUGGAUGUCAAAGGUCCCAAAUUAGAUGUUGACACACCAGAGGUAGCCGUGGAAGGCCCAGAUGGCAAAUGGAAAACUCCUAAGUUCAAGAUGCCAGACAUGCACUUUAAAGCUCCCAAAAUAUCUAUGCCAGACCUCGAUCUACACUUAAAGGGCCCCAAGACAAAAGGAGAGGUGAAUGUAGAUGUUCCCAAAUUGGAAGGGGAUCUUAAAGGGCCACAUGUGGAUGUCAGUGGGCCAGAUCUUGACAUUGAGGGACCAGAGGGCAAAUUGAAAGGUCCUAAGUUCAAGAUGCCUGAUAUGCAUUUCAAAGCCCCCAAUAUUUCUAUGCCUGAUGUUGACCUAAAUCUCAAAGGACCCAAAAUCAAAGGGGAUGUAGAUGUGUCUGUGCCUGAGGUAGAAGGUAAAAUUGAAGUACCAGAUGUGAACAUCAAGGGCGCCAAACUCGAUGUAAAUGCCCCCGAUGUCCAAGGCCCAGACUGGCACCUGAAGAUGCCUAAGAUGAAAAUGCCCAAGUUCAGCAUGCCUGGCUUCAAAGCAGAAGGCCCUGAAGUCGAUGUCAACUUGCCCAAGGCUGACAUGGAUGUCUCAGGACCCAAGGUAGACAUUGAAGGCCCUGAUGUUAAUAUUGAAGGACCAGAGGGAAAGUUGAAAGGACCCAAGUUCAAGAUGCCAGAGAUGAACAUCAAAGCCCCCAAGAUCUCCAUGCCUGACUUUGAUUUGCAUCUGAAAGGUCCCAAGGUGAAGGGUGAUGUGGACGUUUCUCUGCCCAAAGUGGAAGGUGACCUCAAGGGUCCAGAAGUUGACAUCAAGGGCCCCAAAGUGGAAAUUGAUGCCCCAGAUGUGGGUGUUCAAGGCCCAGACUGGCACCUGAAGAUGCCCAAGAUGAAAAUGCCUAAGUUCAGCAUGCCUGGCUUCAAAGGAGAGGGCCCAGAUGUGGAUGUGAAGCUGCCCAAGGCUGACAUUGACGUCUCAGGACCCAAGGUGGAUAUUGAUGUUCCAGAUGUGAAUAUCGAAGGUCCAGAGGGAAAGUUGAAAGGGCCUAAAUUCAAGAUGCCUGAGAUGAACAUCAAAGCCCCCAAGAUCUCCAUGCCUGACAUUGACUUAAACCUGAAAGGUCCCAAAGUAAAGGGUGAUAUGGAUGUUUCCCUUCCUAAAGUGGAAGGUGACCUCAAGGGCCCAGAAGUUGAUAUCAAGGGCCCAAAAGUGGACAUUGAUGCAUCUGAUGUGGAUGUUCAUGGCCCAGACUGGCACCUGAAGAUGCCCAAGAUAAAAAUGCCCAAGAUCAGCAUGCCUGGCUUCAAAGGAGAAGGCCCAGAUGUGGAUGUGAACCUGCCCAAGGCUGACCUUAAUGUCUCGGGACCCAAGGUGGAUGUUGAAUGUCCCGAUGUGAACAUCGAAGGACCUGAAGGAAAGUGGAAAAGUCCAAAGUUUAAGAUGCCUGAAAUGCAUUUUAAGACUCCAAAGAUAUCCAUGCCAGAUAUUGACCUGAAUCUCACAGGUCCAAAAAUAAAAGGAGAUGUGGAUGUUACAGGCCCUAAGGUAGAGGGAGAUCUGAAAGGUCCUGAAAUUGACCUCCAAGGCCCCAAAGUGGACAUUGAUGUCCCAGAUGUUAAUGUUCAGGGUCCAGACUGGCAUCUGAAGAUGCCCAAGAUGAAAAUGCCCAAGUUCAGCAUGCCAGGCUUCAAAACAGAAGGCCCUGAAGUGGAUGUGAAGCUGCCUAAGGCUGACAUUGAUGUCUCAGGACCCAAAGUGGACAUUGAAGGCCCUGAUGUUAACAUUGAAGGACCAGAGGGAAAGUUGAAAGGGCCUAAGUUCAAGAUGCCUGAGAUGAACAUCAAAGCCCCCAAGAUCUCCAUGCCUGACUUUGAUUUGCAUCUGAAAGGUCCCAAAGUGAAGGGCGAUGUGGACGUUUCUCUGCCCAAAGUGGAAGGUGACCUCAAGGGCCCUGAAGUUGACAUCAAAGGCCCCAAAAUGGACAUUGAUGCCCCGGAUGUGGAUGUUCAUGGCCCAGACUGGCACCUGAAGAUGCCCAAGGUGAAAAUGCCCAAGUUCGGUAUGCCUGGCUUCAAAGGAGAGGGCCCAGAUGUGGAUGUGAACCUGCCCAAGGCUGACAUUGAUGUCUCAGGACCCAAGGUGGACAUUGAUGUUCCAGAUGUGAAUAUCGAAGGUCCAGAGGGAAAGUUGAAAGGUCCCAAGUUCAAGAUGCCAGAUAUGAACAUCAAAGCCCCUAAGAUCUCCAUGCCUGACAUUGAUCUUAACCUGAAAGAUCCCAAAGUGAAGGGUGAUGUGGACGUGUCUCUGCCAAAAGUGGAAGGUGAUGUGAAAGUUCCUGAUGUGGAUAUUAAAGGCCCCAAAGUGGACAUUAGUGCCCCAGAUGUGGAUGUUCAAGGCCCAGACUGGCACCUGAAGAUGCCCAAGGUGAAAAUGCCCAAGUUCAGCAUGCCUGGCUUCAAAGGAGAGGGCCCAGAUGUGGAUGUGAACCUGCCCAAGGCUGACCUUGAUGUCUCAGGACCCAAGGUGGACAUUGAUGUUCCGGAUGUGAAUAUCGAAGGUCCAGAUGCGAAACUGAAGGGCCCCAAGUUCAAGAUGCCGGAGAUGAACAUCAAAGCUCCCAAGAUCUCCAUGCCUGAUGUUGACCUGGAUUUGAAAGGACCCAAAGUAAAAGGAGAUUUUGAUGUGUCUGUCCCUAAGGUUGAAGGGACUUUGAAAGGCCCAGACAUAGAUCUUAAAGGUCCCAGUCUGGAUUUUGAAGGCCCCGAUGCCAAACUCAGUGGCCCAUCUUUAAAGAUGCCAUCACUGGAGAUAUCUGCUCCUAAAGUAUCUGCACCUGAUGUUGAUUUGCAUCUCAAGGCACCAAAAAUUGGAUUUUCCAGUCCGAAGUUAGAAGGUGGUGCAGUGGACCUCAAGGGACCCAAGGUUGAAGCUCCGAGCUUAGAUGUUCACAUGGACAGCCCGGAUAUUAACAUAGAAGGGCCAGAUGUUAAAAUUCCCAAAUUUAAGAAACCCAAGUUUGGAUUUGGAGCAAAAAGCCCCAAAGCUGACAUCAAGUCACCUUCUUUAGAUGUCACCAUUCCUGAGGCAGAGCUGAACCUUGAGACUCCUGAAAUCAGUGUUGGUGGCAAGGGCAAGAAAAGCAAGUUCAAGAUGCCUAAAAUUCAUAUGAGUGGUCCUAAAAUUAAGGCCAAAAAACAGGGAUUUGAUGUGAAUGUUCCUGAGGGUGAAAUUGAUGCCAGUCUCAAGGCUGCUGACGUAGAUGUCAAUAUCUCAGGGCCGGAUGCUGCUCUCAAAGCCGACGUGAAAUCACCCAAAACCAAGAAACCGAUGUUUGGAAAAAUGUACUUCCCAGAUGUAGAGUUUGACAUUAAAUCACCUAAAUUUAAAGCUGAGGCCUCUCUCCCUAGCCCCAAAUUGGAGGGUGAACUCCAGGCACCUGAUCUGGAACUUUCUUCACCAGGGAUUCACUUUGAAGGUCCUGACAUCAAGGCGAAGGCUCCCAAGGUCAAGAUGCCAGGUGUGGACAUCUCAGUGCCAAAAAUAGAAGGUGACCUGAAAGGCCCCAAAGUGCAGGCAAACUUGGAUGCGCCUGACAUCAACAUCAAAGGCCCAGAUGCUAAAGUCAAAACACCGUCCUUCGGCAUUUCUGCCCCUCAAGUCUCCAUCCCUGAUGUGAAUGUGAACUUGAAAGGACCAAAGAUAAAGGGUGAUGUCCCCAGUGUGGGACUGGAAGGACCAGACAUAGAUCUGCAAGGUCCAGAAGCAAAAAUUAAGUUCCCCAAGUUUUCCAUGCCCAAGAUCGGCAUCCCUGGUGUGCAAAUGGAGGGUGGGGGAGCCGAGGUCCAUGGCCAGCUACCCUCUCUCGAAGGAGACUUGAGAGGACCAGAUGUGAAGCUUGAAGGGCCUGAUGUUUCUCUAAAGGGGCCAGGAGUAGACUUGCCUUCAGUGAAGCUCUCUAUGCCAAAAGUCUCUGGGCCUGACCUUGACCUGAACUUGAAAGGACCAAGUUUGAAGGGAGACCUGGAUGCCUCUGUUCCCAGCGUGAAGGUGCAGGCUCCGGGGCUCGACCUCAGCGGUGUCGGUGGCAAAGUGCAGGUGGGAGGAGACGGAGUGAAAGUGCCAGGGAUCGAUGCCACAACAACGCUUAACGUGGGGGCACCAGAUGUGACACUGAGGGGACCAAGCCUGCAGGGAGACCUGGCUGUCUCUGGUGACAUCAAAUGCCCUAAAGUAUCCGUAGGCACUCCUGAUCUAAGCUUGGAGGCCUCCGAAGGCGGCAUUAAACUUCCCAAAAUGAAGUUGCCCCAAUUUGGCAUCUCUACUCCAGGGUCCGACUUGCAUAUCAAGGGGCCACAGGUUUCUGGAGAACUGAAGGGGCCUCAGAUUUCAGCACCGAAUGUGGACUUGAACUUGGAAGGACCAAAAAUGAAAGGGAGCCUUGGGGCCACUGGAGAGAUGAAAGGCCCCACUGUGGGAGGAGGCCUUCCAGGCCUAGAAGGAAACCUCCAGAUGCCUGGAAUUAAGUCCUCUGGAUGUGACGUGACCCUUCCGGGUGUGAAUGUGAAACUCCCAACUGGGAAGAUUUCUGGUCCUGAAAUCAAAGGUGAUCUGAAAGGUUCAGAAGUAGGUUUCCAUGGGGCUGCUCCUGAUAUCAGUGUGAGGGGGCCUUCCUUUAAUAUGGCAUCUCCUGAGUCAGAGUUUGGCAUCAGCUUGAAGGGUCCAAAGAUCAAAGGAGGUGUGGAUGUUUCCGGGGGUGCCAGUGCCCCCGACAUCAGUCUUGGUGAAGGGCAUGUGAGUGUUAAAGGCUCCGGGGGUGAGUGGAAGGGACCCCAGGUCUCCUCUGCUCUCAACUUGGACACAUCUAAGUUUGCUGGGAGCCUUCAUUUCUCAGGACCAAAGGUGGAAGGAGGUGUGAAAGGAGGUCAGAUUGGACUCCAGGCUCCUGGGCUGAGUGUGUCUGGGCCUCAAGGUCACUUGGAAAGUGGAUCUGGAAAAGUAACAUUCCCUAAGAUGAGGAUGCCCAAAUUUACCUUCUCUGGCCGUGAGCUGGUUGGCAGAGAAGUGGGAGUGGAUAUUCACUUCCCUAAAACAGAGGCCAGCGUCCAACCUGGUGCCGGACAAGGCGAGUGGGAAGAGUCCGAAGUGAAACUUAAAAAGUCCAAAAUCAAAAUGCCCAAGUUUAAUUUUUCCAAACCUAAAGGGAAAGGUGGUGUCACUGGCUCACCGGAAGCAUCCAUCUCUGGGUCCAAAGGUGAUCUGAAAAGUUCAAAGGCCAGCCUGGGCUCUCUGGAAGGAGAAGCAGAGGCCGAAGCCUCUUCACCGAAAGGCAAAUUUUCCUUAUUUAAAAGUAAGAAGCCACGGCACCGCUCAAAUUCAUUCAGUGAUGAAAGAGAGUUCUCUGCGCCUUCCACCCCCACGGGGACUCUGGAGUUUGAAGGUGGGGAAGUGUCGCUGGAAGGCGGGAAAGUGAAAGGGAAACAGGGGAAGCUGAAAUUCGGUACCUUUGGUGGAUUGGGGUCAAAGAGCAAAGGUCAUUAUGAGGUGACUGGGAGUGAUGAUGAGACAGGCAAGUUACAGGGGAGUGGGGUGUCCCUGGCCUCUAAGAAGUCCCGACUGUCCUCCUCUUCGAGCAACGACAGUGGGCCUAAGGUUGGCAUCCAGCUUCCCGAGGUGGAGCUGUCAGUUUCCACAAAGAAAGAGUAGCAGGCCUUUGUAUGUGUGUACAUAUAUAUAUAUAUAUAACAAAACAUCAAACUCGGGUGUGUUCCUAUAUCAGCUCCAAAGAGAAACACACUGACAGCCUCAGCAAUCAUGCAAAGAUCUUGCCUGACGCAGUGGCAAGCGCUGAAAAACCGACCACCUGUCGGCUCCUGGAUCUAUACAGACAGGUCAGGAGUUCCAAGUUCGUCCAGCCUGUGUGCAAAGUCAACAGUAUUUGCCUUAAGAUUUCAUUUCUUUUUAUUUUUUUUGCAUUGACUGCUGAGAGCUCCUGUUUACUAAGCAAGCUUUUGUGUUUAUUAUCCUCAUUUUUACUGAACAUUGUUAGUUUCGGGGUAAUGGAAACCCACUUUUUCAUUAUAAUGACUUUGGGGGCUUUUGUUAGUAAGGGAGGGUGGGGGUGAUGGGUUGCAGACGGAGGUCAGGUCUCCCUCUUUCCUGAGAUUGGAUCUGUUCCAACAGCAAACACCCACAGAUGGCUCAGAGGUGGCGGCAGUCAGGGUGUGGGUGUUUUUAGGGUUUUGUUUUUUUUUUUUUUUUUUGCUUUUUUCACCCAGGAUUGAUGGUCCCAGCCAGUUUGGUGCUGAUGGUGAGAGGAAAUUAGAACCUGUUUGCAAAUUGUCCAACCCACCAACUCAACAUGAGGGGCCUCCAUUUUCUGGGUUUUGCAGGGGAAAUGUUUAUUCAUGAUCGCCAUGUUCCUGAUAUUAGUUCUGAUUUCUUUUUAACAAAUGUUAUCAUGAUUAAGAAAAUUUCCAGCACUUUAAUGGCCAAUUAAUUGAGAAUGUAAGAAAAUCGAUGCUGUACCAGGCAAAUAAAGCUGUUUAUUAACCUUGA